AUGCCCGUACGAGCAAUGUAUGACGACGAGUAUUCUUCUCACGACUCGGAGUUUGAGACCGACGUCUCCACCCGGCGAACAGGUGUCAGAACCCAUAUCCGCGAGCGCUCUGUUUCUCGCCAGCGCCGCCCGGAAAUCAUCACACGCGAGUACAUAACACCACCUAUCCAAACCCGUGUACCCCGGUCGGCCUCGAUCAGUAGCCGACACCGCGAGUAUGAACUACCAGUGGCACCCACCGCACCGGCGGUAAUGAUUUUCAACGAGCAAGGGCUGAAAUCAGAGAGCCGGUCGGAGAACAAGCCCCAGUCUCGACGAGUGCAGCAGCGGUUCAGCGAUAAGUACAACGUCAACCGCUUCGAGGAUGAAGAGGAGGAAGACAUCGUGCAGGUGCCUGUCGCCCCGCGCCGCCGUGAGCGCGCCGUCAGCAACGUCUCGCGCACAGCCUCUCCCCUCCAACGUGAUCACGAGCUGGCUAUGAACCAACACAUGAUGGAGCGCAACGACAUCCGGCAAGACAUAGGCCAACAAUUGCUGGAGCGCAAUGACCUCCGCCAGGACAUGGAUCUCUGGAAGCAUCAGCAGGAGAUCGAACGGCUCCAGCGGGAGCUGCAAAAGUCUCGGCGCGCCGAGCAGGAGCGUUCACAUGAGCAUUCACGUUCGCGCGAGCAAAUCAUUGUGAACCAGCCCGAUCCGCACGACUCUCGCAUGCUCAGGGAGGAGCUAGAGUACGAGGAAGAGAUCUCGGAUCGGCUGCGUAAGCUGCAGCACUUCGAGCGUAAGCAUCUAUCCGAGGAGGAGGAGCGCAAGGCUGGGGAGCGCUACCAGCUCAAGCAGCUGGCGGCGGAGAAAAGAGCCGCUGCUGAGCAAGAGGAGGUUAGACGCAAACUGAUGGAGGAGCGGUUGAAGGAAAUUGCGUGCGCUCAGGAUGAGAAAAUACAGAGGGAGAAGCUCGUGCGGGAGGAAAAGUGGAAGGAGCUGGCAAGGUUGACGGAGGAGCAAGAGGCGCGGGACAAGCUUGUGCGAGAGGAGAAGUGGAAACGGCUUGCCCGGGAGAAGGAAGAAGAGGAGGAGCGCGAAAAGCUCAUUCAGCAGAUCCGAGAUGAGGAUAUGCGAAAGGCAAGGGAAGCCGAGGAGAAGAGGAAGAAGGAGCUCGCUGUCAAGGCUGCUGCUGUUGAAGAGUGGAAGCUUGAACAGGAGCGGAGGAAGCAGAGGGAGGCUGAGGAGGCCAUGCAGAAGGCGAGGGAGUUCCGCGAGCACCUCCGCAGCAUUGGCUAUAGCGAGGAGGAGAUCGACGGCAUCAUCAAUAAGAAAAAACACGACGAGAAGAAAAAAGAAGAAAAGAAAGAGAAGGAAGAAGAUAGGAGGGAAGAGAGGAGGGAAGAGCGAAGGGACGAGAGGAAGGAAGAGAAGAUCACAUGGAUCAAGGUCCAUCGCAAGCACUUGAUGCCAGAGACCUUGAUAGCCUACGGCCUGCCUUGGGAUUGGGAUGAGCAUGACAACAACUACAUCAUCAUCAAGAAGUGGAUCGACGACGAUUUCCAAGAACAGCUCUUCGCCCACACUCGACGUUUACGCGAGACCAAGAUGCUCACCGAGACAUCCCACUCGAUGACCGAACUGAAAGUCAACGACCGCCGAAAGGACAAGAUGUUCCUGGUCCGGAAGAAGAGCCCUUCGGGCCGCGUGCGCGUCUUCGCAUAA